CUCACACGCGCGGGAAGGAGGCGGCUUGUGACGUCAGCCUCCCAUGUGGUCACUGCUGACGUCUGGCAUUCCUGCCCCUCCGUGGGGAGACAUGUAGCGCGGCUCUCUUAAGAGAUGUUCACACACGGUAAGGGAGUCAGCAGCAGGUCCUCUACCUCCACCACGGCAAAUACCCUCUUCUGUACUCUCUUCUGACUAUGGGAAUCAUUUCUCCGCACGAGUUAUGACUCGUCCAUCCUAGAAAAGCCGGGACGUUCAACUCACAAGAGAACACAUUUCUUUCCAGAAGACUUUUCAGAGUGUUGAAAAGACGGAAUCUUCACAGCAACCAACCUGCAGGUCGAAGGAGCGACCAUCACAAAGCUCUGCUCUCUCCAUUCCGGACCCAGAUCCUUCAGAUCUAGCGCUUCCCAAAGUGCAUUUUGUAGAAAGUCAGUCAAGUACUUCCAUCAUUCAGCAGGAAAGAUAUCAUCCAGAUAUGCCCUGUGUACAGUAUAAUCCCACUCCACCUGGUUCUACAUACGUGACCCAGGUUUAUGGUCAUGUUCCUGAAUUCAGUGUAGACUUCACUUCACCUACAAAAUGUAAUAUGGAAUUAAGCAGCACUGAGGUUACAGCUUCAGCAACAUCAUCUUUGCCAAGUUUUAGCACUUUUAUUGAGGGCUAUUCAGGAAGCUAUGAACUCAAGCCCUCCUGUCUUUACCAAAUGCAAACAUCUGGGCAGAGGCCACUGAUAAAAAUGGAAAAUACGCAUUUGACCAGCUACCAAAGUUCAAUCUCUCAGCAAACCCAAGAUGACAUGCCCAGCACUUCAGUGUAUUUCAAAUCGUCACCUCCAUCAGUUUCAUCUACACUUGGAUUUCCAACUCACCAAUCACCACAGUGGGAAGAACCUCACACCUUUUCAGGUACACAUUCAUGUACGACUCCCAGCCACUUGAUGGAUUCCUCGCAUAAAACUGUUUCUCCACGAUUUCCAAUUUUUCAUUUUAAGACUUCUCCGUGUACACCAUUGUCUAAUCCUACAGUGUGCUAUGACUCUUCUCAUAACAUACCAGUAGGUUCUCAAGGAGACCCAACACAAAUACCAGUGGAAUCGUUAUCAUUUAAUCUACCAGUAUCAAAAGUAUCAAAUCUUGUAUUUUCCCCACUUUCAACUGGUCAGGCAAUUAACAUGGUAGGUGAAGAAAGUAUUUCAUCACCAUCUAGUAGAAGCUCUUCAUCUGGAGAGGGAACUUGUGCAGUGUGUGGAGAUAAUGCUGCAUGUCAACACUAUGGUGUUAGAACGUGUGAGGGAUGUAAAGGCUUCUUUAAGAGGACCGUACAAAAAAAUGCUAAAUACGUGUGCUUGGCAAAUAAAAGCUGCCCUGUGGACAAAAGACGGAGAAAUCGUUGUCAGUACUGCAGAUUUCAGAAAUGUCUCAAUGUUGGCAUGGUUAAGGAAGUGGUAAGAACAGAUAGUCUUAAAGGAAGAAGAGGAAGGCUGCCUUCAAAACCAAAGAGCCCUUGUCAUCAAGAAUUAUCACAACGAAGUCUGCCAUCUGCGCCAGUCAGUAUGCUGGAUGCAUUGGUUCAAGCGAUUGUUGACUCUGCCCCAGGAGAACUCGACUACUCCACAUACUCUGCUGAUAGUGACCAAGCUACUGCAAGCACAGAUACAGAGCACAUUCAGCAAUUCUAUAGUCUUCUUACUGCCUCCAUUGAAAUUUCAAAAAAAUGGGCGCAAAAGUUACCUGGAUUUUCAGAUCUUGUAAAAGAUGACCAGAUAUUAUUGAUUGAAACAACAUUUCUGGAACUUUUUCUACUGAGACUCUCAAUAAGGUCAAAUAUUACUGCUGAUGAAUUUGUCUUUUGUAAUGGACUAGUACUUCAUAGAAUUCAGUGCCUUCGUGGAUUUGGAGAAUGGCUGGAAGCAAUUAGAAAUUUUGCAUUACAUUUGCAGAGCCUUAACCUUGACAUUUCAACUUUGGCUUGCCUAUCAGCUAUAUGUCUUAUUUCUGAACGACAUGGUCUAAAAGAUCCUAAGAAAGUGGAUGAUCUACGUCAUAGGAUCAUCUCUUGUUUGAAAGAGCACUUAGCUUUGGAUGGUCAAAACAAGCGACAGCUAGACGUUGCAGCAGUACUAAGACUUCUUACAGAUCUGCGAGCUCUGUGUACAUUGGGACUACAACGUAUAUUUUACCUGAAGCUUGAAGAUUUGGUACCACCACCUCCUAUGAUUGACAAACUGUUUAUAGAUACAUUACCCUACUAAUUUAAUUAGUUAAUGAGUAAUAUUUCAGAUUGUCUUAAAGCUGUACUCUAUAUCCAAGAAAUCUGAGCAUUUUUUUUAUCCAAAAAGGAUUUUAGCCAGUGUUGUUGUCCAUAUUAAAUAAUGCAUUUUUAGAAAUAGCCACACACUUUGUCUUAGAUCUUUCGAUUAAAUGCAAAAUAUUUAUCCAGUAAAAACAACUGACAUAGGGCUCACUCAAUGUAUACCUUUAGGGCUAUGUUCACAUAUGCUCCCGACAUACAUGCUAAACAUGUCCAUAGGAUUUCAUAAGCCCAACAGAGGCAAGAAAAACCUCCUUUCAGCCUUCUCUAAAAUAGGGUUAUACACUAUGCUAUUCCAUAAAGUGGCAUCCAGUAAUUUAAAGGUGUUUUUUCUUACAGUAGGACCCUGUGGGUGAUGGAUGCCACUGUAUG